AUGGCUACUCGCUCCACUUCCAACCACUCGUUGCCUGACACGCCUUCCUCACUGCCUCAAUUCCUCCGUCAGGACCGCUCAGCACUGGUCAACAAGUUCCACUACAUCGAGAACCUACAGCGCGACCGCCUGACCGAACAGUACGAGAAUCCAGAGAAAGAGUCGGAAUGGACACGCUUGACUGGCGACCACAUUGCCUAUCGCAACCGCUACAUCAACGUCGAACCCUUUGCGAACAACCGCGUCAAGUUGAACGUCCGAGAAGGCUUCAACGACUACAUCAACGCUUCCCCCAUUGCACUGGGCCCCCGCCGCUACAUUGCUACCCAAGGCCCCAAGAACACUUCGACUUCUCAAUUCUACCGCAUGCUUGCUCAAGAAUCGACCGAUAGAACCCCUUCGGUUGUCAUCAUGCUCACACAAACCCACGAGGCUGGCCGCGAAAAGUGCUUCAAGUACUUCCCCGACAGUAAAGACACGCCUCUCGAACUCCACCCUGAUCCCGACCUUGACGAUGGUUUCGAGGGCAUCGUCGAACUUCUGGCCGCCGAAGAGGACCCCGCAUGCCGCUGCACCACCCGCCACUUGCGCCUGCGCUACAAGACACCGACUCAAGAAGGUCAAGAUGACGAACGGCACGAAAAGGAAAUCUACCACUUGCUCUUUGCCGGCUGGCCAGACUUUUCAGUCCCAGAGGGCGAGAAUCGCAAAGCCAUGCUCAACCUCAUCGACAAGUCCGCAACCUUCAAUCUCCCGCAUGCUGUCGCGACUGCCACUUUUCCUCUCGACACCGCAUCAAAGCCUCCAUCAGAAAACACACCCAGUCCACGUAUCAUCCACUGCUCUGCCGGUGUUGGUAGAUCAGGCACUUUCAUUGCUCUAGACUUCUUGCUCGCUCACCUGGAACAGGGCAAUCUUGACACUGUUCCAGAUGACGUUGAUCCCAUUCUGGACACCGUCAAUGCUAUGAGGAAACAGCGUAUGAUGAUGGUCCAGAGUGAAGCUCAGUUUCUGUUCCUCUACGAUGUCAUGCGCCUUGCCUGGUUGGACCAUCACGAUACCUCCGGCACAGUACCUUGA